UUGAAAAGGUAACUAGUUCUUUUUAUAUAUUGUAUCAAGGUGGACCAAGCUUGUUAAGAUGAACAAGAAUACUAUGUGAUUCAGUAAAGAGAACGCCGGGGUUCUCUCACACAAGGAAGACGGUGAAUGCAUCAAUAUCUUAUCUAAAAUGAGAAACACAACCUGGAGUGUUAAGAUGGACAUACUAGUCUGUAAUUUAUGAACACAGAUGAAGAAAACUAUAAAUAGAUGAGUUGAAGUUAUUACUGCCAAUAUGGCCGCCGCUCCUGGAACUUUAUCUGAGAUCAGUAUGCUGAACUUUGAACACAUCAAAUACGGAGAGCCGUGUCCCUUAAACGACCAUGUCAUAACCCGGAUGAUGCGAGAUUUUCGGCUUCAAGUAGAGCAAAAAGACAUUUCAUCACUUCUAGCGCAGUGUCUAGACGAUUGUCAUGGAACAGAGGCAAUAGUCAGCAACCGGAGAAAGGCGAUAGCUACCAGUGAUUACAUACAAAAUGCAAAUAACAAUCUGUUGAACUGGCUAACUGGUGGAAGUGUUGGGGACGGGUUCCGAAUGAAGACUUCAGAUUCCGAUGCAAUGCAUGUUAUGAUGUCUGUAGUGGUGGUUGAUCCUGACCAGACACACCUCAUUCCUCAGGAAGGCAUACGAAAAACAAUUCUCUAUAUGAAGGAAGGAGGUUGUAGGCCUGGGUAUGUAACUCUUGAAAUAGCACGACUUGCAGACGGAUCUGGAACAACCACCAUAUUUAAUGACGCUAUUAUUCCUUUUGGUGACUCGAUGUAUUUAUCUAGUGAUAUUUACAGACAGGGCAAGGCUGACGCACUUGCUAGGGCGAUCGGUGUAGGGUAUGUGUCGAAUGGGCCGUGCUCAACUGUAUAUUCCAAACAUUAUGGGAAUAGCAUAGACAUUUCAGAUGCCUUUCCCUGUAUAAGUUGGCCAAACGCAGCUCAUGAAUGGAUACAUCGGCCUCGACUCUAUGGUUGGCCAGCUCAGACAAUGAUUGAUAAGAUAAUUCAGGGUGGGUGUCAUGUCGUACCAGUUGGUGAUAAAUGUUCCACAGACACACUGCUACAAUGGAGGAUUUCCUUUGCCUGUGCAGAGCAGAUGUUGGUUCAUUCUCUUACCCAUCCACAGUUCAGGGUAUAUGGAUUAUUGAAAUAUUUCCUUCUCCAGAUCAAAGACUUGUUAGAUCACAUUAUUGGAGACAGAGAUGUCAUUUGCUCAUAUUUCCUAAAAACACUUAUUUUCCAUGCUGUUGAAAACUCCCCUCAUUCGCUAUGGAGCACGCAAAACACAUUCAUAUGCUUUCGGUUUUGUCUCUCCAUUUUGACUUCAUGGGUGAAAUCGGGUUACUGUCCAAACUAUUUCAUUCAAAGUAAUAACAUGUUUUUAAGGAAAAUUCACGGAGAAACCCGCCAAAGGCUGGUGCAUUUACUUAAAGAUAUGUACAACAUGAGCUGGAUGUGUUUAUGCUUAAAGUCGGAUAGAAGUCCCUACAUUGGACGUAUGCUUCAACAACACAAAGGUGCGACGUUCAGACAACCCCCUGAAUACAUCAGGGAUUUAGACUUAUUUAGAGAGUGUUUGUUUUCAUCACACAGGCAACGCAAUGGAAACGGAAAACUGUACUCGUCAAUGCAAUGCCUCCAUACAUCUCAUACGGAUGCCGAUGACUUUAUUGCUUACUUUGCAAUUACAACAACACUCACCAGUAGAGCCAGUGAGUUAUUUGGCGAGUCAAACACUGGAAGUAAUAAACAGAAGUAUAUUUCUAUGAAGAAAUGUAAACACUUUCUGACUCCACAAGCACUGAUGUGUACCAGUCCCGGACUGAUGAUGCUGGCGACCUUCCACUACCUUACAGCAGACUACAGAAAAACACUUCAGAUGUGUGCGUAUAUGAGGUCAACAGGUAAACUUUUACAUUGGCAAGUCAAUACCAGCGACUGACAUAUCCAGGGAAUCACAUCUGGAGACUUCAAAUACAAGUAAGAUAUUUUUUUCUAAAUAUGUACGGUACUGUCAACAGGGGUACUCACUUUAUCAAAGAUUCAGAGAAGUGUUCUACUCCUGUUUGGUGUUUACCAGAUACGACACUGUGUUGUGCUUGCCUCAGCUACACCUCGAGAUUACCAGAAAUCCUUUGGGUGUCUACAUCCCUCCACUGCCGUACGCAGCAUUUCUGUCCUUCCUGUGCUACCAUGAACUUGGUGACUUGAGGAGACGUGACAUGGAGCUGAUGAACUUACGGGCGAUGAACUACGACCCUUACCAAGGAGGACACAAUUACUGGAUGGUUCACACAUUACUGGGGAUCUGUUACCAAACUGUGGGAGACAAACACAGGGCCAUCAGGUCGUUUACAGAUUCUUUACGUGUGAUGCCUGACUUUAAUCCUGCCGUGGAGAGAAUAGAUGCUCUAAUCAGUUCCAGUGGUAGGGCAUCAUAUUGAAGUGGAAUAUGAGGAGGUUAGCAUGGCGUACAGGAGGAAGAACGUUAGACAUAUCGGUUUAUCACUGAAACCCAUCACUGUAUCAAUUAUAUAAAAUAUAGUUUUUACCACCAGAGCGCAUUUGGUAAACCAGGAUUUGAUCUAGAUUUCCGUGGCAGGUAUCGUAAUAUUGCUUUUCAAAUUACUUCAAAAGGUUACAAUCUUACUAGAUCAUUUGGUGUGGUUUUAUCUCACCCCUUUAGAAAACAACAUUUUGAGAAUAAGCGCAUUGCCACAUUUGUAAUUGUUAUGUAGUGCAUAAAUAGUUACACAUAUCUACAUGAAUAAAAUAAGAGAUAUUCGCAUGCAUUCACAGUAACAUGGAUGUUCGUUUGGUAGUUCUCAUCUAUCUAUUUAGUUUUAUUUAUAUGAUCAAUAUCAUUGAUUAAAAUAUUCUAUCCAACUCUGAAAUUUACUUAUCACACCCAACGUGGGCAGUUAAAUAAGUAAGUUGGGUAUUUAUUGUGUUACGAACAAAUUUGACUCGAUUUGAAUCACAGAUAUCGUAGAUACCCAAAUUUCAAAGCUCGAUUUUAUUGAUAAUUGUGAUAAUCUAGAGACAGGUGCAGUCUAAAGUGCGACCAAACAAACAGGAACAAAUCGGGGAGAAAAGGGGUAAAGCUAUAACCAGUUUGUUACGUAAAUUCCUUCUAUAACAACGUGUACCAGUUAGGGAAUUGUCAUUUCAAGAUGGCGGGAAAUCAUGAUCACAGAAGAUAGAAGUAUGUUCUAAGCAACAUGAUAACUUAUUUAUCAAAAUACUCCGACUGAGACAAGUAUAAAAUAUAACUCAGAAAUAGUUAAAAUCUAUAUCACAGCCCUUACUACACGCUGUUUAUUUCAUAAACAACUUUGAAACCAGGCAUCGAGGCGGGAUUCGAGUUUUGUUCGCUCGCACAGUCAAUCUUGACAAAGAAACAAUUUCGUACGCAUUGUUACGUAUAUUGUUUGUGUAAAGAUAAGCCUUGUAUAUAUAAAGCUAUCGUCUAUUUUGGGUAGGUGGUUGAUUCUUAGGUGACCAUUUACCGGUGAAAGUGAAUGUUAAUUAAUGUUUUGAUAUAAGUCAUGACAUAUUUUUAAAACGAAAAUCAGCAAAUGUUACUUGCAAUUGAAAUUGUUUGUACCAAUAUCAGAGUGUUUGCGAGAGUAGCUAUAGCUUGAUCUGUGUUUCUUUUGAAAAUGAAACACUCUCUGUUAACAAAGGCCCACCAACACUUCAUAAUAAACCAAAAUAGUUGUUUUGUUUACAGACAGAAAUGUAGAACUUUAAAAAAAAUCUAUCUCAAAGCAUGUAUGAAAUAAUACUUUUCUAUGGGUAAACAUAUGACAUUUACAAAGGUACUUUCAGUCUUGAAUUCCAAAAAAAUAUUUUAUAUUUUAACUUUAAUGUUUGCAAACUACAUAUAUGACUAUAGAUUUUUUUCGGAAAGGGAAUAAAUUUUCACAUUGGAUUUCCCAAUAGUGGGUAAUGUACAGGUGAAAUACAGGUAGUAUGGCCUUGGAUUGUAAAAUUGCAAGGUAACUAGUGGUCCGUUACGGGUACAGUAUACAUUUUCAAUAGUUACAUUACCGUUACAUUACAACGGUAUUCAGUUUCGUUUUACCUAAUGCGGUACCUCACCAGCAAAACCUGUCUCUUCAGAAACAACAUAUUGUUGACGGUAAUGUUAUUUCUACAAAAACAACAUGUUGUUGACGGUAAUGUUAUUUUUUACAAA